UUAUCCAUAGGUUAAAAUCAUUGCUUUUCUUUUUACAAGCAAACAAAGAGAACCAAAAAAAAAUUGGGUCUGAAAGAACAAACCAGAAGGAUAAACCCCUUUGAGAAAAACAACAGAAGCAAUAGCCACUUCCAAAAAUUCAACCAAAACCCUAGCUAUUUGGCCUGCAAAUUUUCACACAGAAUCAUUAUUACUAAAACAGAAGAAUCAAAAAUCAAAACUUGUUAACUUCUAAAUUUUCAAACCUUGUGGAGUUUGAUUCUCUCUGCGUUCCAUCACAUAAAAUUCCCAUAUUCAUGUUUCAACUCUGAUUUCACUCCAACACACUCAAUAAAAACAAAAAACAAAACUUUUCCAAAAAGGGUAUAAAUUUAUCAAAAAAUUACAAAUUUACCACAUAACCGAUCCGAAUUCAAUUCGGAUUUUGACCCGAAUUUUAUUUUCUUCUUCUUCUUCUUCUUCUUCUUCUUUCGUUUUGACUCUCUCUGUCACUAGUCACAGCGAAAAUGGCAGGAAAAAGCAAAGAAAAGAAGGAAGGAGGAAGAAGAGGGAGAGCGUGUGUUGUUGUUUUGGGUGACAUUGGACGCAGCCCUAGAAUGCAAUACCAUGCUCUUUCACUCUCCAAUCAGGCUUCCCUAGAGGUAGAUAUUGUUGCAUAUGGAGGUUCAGAGCCUCAUACUGCACUUCUUGCUAACCCAUCCAUUCAUAUUCACCUAAUGAAGCAGUGGCCAACAAGCCGUCAAAGCUUACCGAAGAUACUUCAACCUUUAAUGCUUUUGUUGAAGCCCUUGGUUCAAUUUUUCAUGCUUCUUUGGUACCUUUGUGUUAAGAUACCUUCUCCUGAUAUUUUUAUUGUCCAGAAUCCUCCUUCAGUUCCAACUCUGGUGGCAGUAAAAUGGGCUAGCUGGUUAAGGAAUUCAUCAUUUGUCAUAGAUUGGCAUAAUUUUGGAUAUACUCUACUUGGACUGUCACUGGGAAGGAAUAGCCGUUUCGUCUCUUUAUACAAAUGGUUUGAGAAGCAUUAUGGGAAAAUGGCAGAUGCUUCUCUAUGUGUAACAAAAGCGAUGCAGCAUGAAUUGGCUCAAAACUGGGGAAUUAAUGCUACGGUGUUGUAUGACCAGCCUCCUGACUUCUUUCAUCCGGCUUCGCUGGAGGAGAAGCAUAAGUUGUUUUGCAGAUUGAAUAAACACUUUUAUCAGCCUCUUGGUGUUAGAGAUUGUAUUAGUAAUGGAACUUCACUGAUGAGUAGCCAAAUCCAAAAUGAGAAUCUAUUUACAACCGAGGUUGGUUCAGACAUAUGUUUGAAGCCAAACCGGCCUGCACUUGUUGUAAGCAGCACGAGCUGGACCCCUGAUGAAGAUUUUAGCAUUCUCUUGGAAGCUGCUUUAAUGUAUGACCGACGUGUUGCAGCUAUAUUAAGAGAAGAUGAUUCACUAGACGAGGAGGUCGUUUGGAAAGAAAUAUCUGAUGGAAAACAAUGUUUAUAUCCCAGAUUGUUAUUCGUCAUCACAGGUAAAGGUCCGGAAAAAGAGAAGUAUGAGGCUAAAAUAAAGGCAUUGAAACUUAAGCGUGUGACCUUUCGUACCAUGUGGCUAUCUGCCGAUGAUUAUCCGUUAUUGCUAGGAUCAGCUGAUCUAGGUGUUUGUCUGCAUACUUCAUCGUCAGGAUUAGACCUUCCGAUGAAGGUUGUUGAUAUGUUUGGCUGUGGACUGCCUGUUUGUGCUGUUUCGUACUCUUGCAUUAAAGAGCUGGUUAGUGUUGACAAAAAUGGUCUUCUCUUCUCUUCAUCUUCAGAGCUAGCUGAUGAACUUUUGAUGCUCUUCAAAGGAUUUCCCAAUGAGUGCGAUUCUUUGAAGGUUCUGAAAUCAGGUGCAUUAGAAACGGGUUCUUCAGCAAGGUGGUUUACUGAAUGGGAAGAACAUGCAAAGCCACUGAUAACUAAGGUUAUAUCAAGAUUUUAAUUUUCUUUUCGUUGUUAGAAGAUGUCUUUGACUGCUAGCAGCAAAAUUGGUAGAUCUGUUGGUUUGGUUGAUCCUAUAGAUGUUUGAUUAGGUUGCACCAUAUGCCAAUAAUGUUGUUUGGCAAUUUUCAAGCCAGAGUUACCUUCUACAAAAUAUUUAUGCAGCAGGAUCUCCAACAUCUGUCCAUUGUUGACUUGCUGGAUUUGUUGUAAAUACAAAUCUGAAAAUUUUGCUAUACUUGAAUUAGGAUUUCAUUUUGUAUUGAUAGUAGAUUUCUUAAUUAUGUGAUUCAUAUAUAUUUCAGUAAAAAGAGGCUAUUAUAGUAAAGCUUACAAAUUAGAUUAUUUGUUGUUUUCU